CUAACUUCUAAUAUGUUGUAGAGAGAGGAGAGUGUCUGUUUGCUCUCUCUCUAGAAAAAAGCCCUAGCUUUCUCCAUGACCCUGACGCCAUAGAUCCAAUCCACCACAAUCUGCGUCUUCAAUGGCCGAGUUAGGGCACCAAACAGUGGAGUUCUCGACUCUGGUGAGUCGAGCCGCGGAGGAGUCUUUCCUCUCUCUCAAGGACUUGGUGGAGAAAUCCAAGUCCUCCGACCAGUCCGACACCGAGAAGAAGAUCAGUCUUCUCAAGUUCAUUUCCAAGACUCAGCAACGGAUGCUUCGCCUCAAUAUUCUCGCAAAGUGGUGUCAACAGGUUCCAUUGAUUCAGUACUGUCAACAACUUGCAUCUACUCUAUCAAGUCAUGAUACAUGUUUCACACAGGCUGCAGAUUCACUUUUUUUCAUGCAUGAGGGGCUACAGCAAGCUCGUGCUCCCAUAUAUGAUGUUCCAUCUGCUGUUGAAGUCCUUCUUACUGGAACUUAUGAACGUUUGCCUAAAUGUGUAGAAGAUGUGGGUGUGCAGGGCACAUUAACUGGAGAUCAACAAAAGGCAGCUUUGAAAAAGUUAGACACACUUGUACGGUCUAAAUUACUUGAAGUUUCACUCCCAAAAGAAAUUUCUGAAGUUAAAGUUUCUGAUGGUACUGCAUUGCUGUGUGUGGAUGGGGAAUUUAAGGUUCUAGUUACCCUUGGUUACCGAGGACACCUGUCUAUGUGGAGAAUAUUGCAUUUGGAGCUGCUUGUUGGUGAAAGAAGUGGACUUGUGAAACUAGAAGAACUGCGACGGCAUGCCCUCGGAGAUGAUUUAGAGCGUAGGAUGGCUGCAGCAGAAAAUCCAUUUAUGAUGUUAUACUCAGUCCUCCAUGAGCUUUGUGUUGCACUCAUCAUGGACACUGUCAUAAGACAGGUAAAAGCACUACGGCAAGGAAGAUGGAAAGAUGCAAUUCGAUUUGAGCUUAUAUCUGAUGGAAAUAUUGCUCAAGGAGGGAGUGCUGGUUCCAUGCAAAUGAAUCAAGAUGGAGAAGCUGAUUCAGCUGGUCUACGAACUCCUGGGUUAAAAAUUGUAUACUGGUUAGAUCUGGAUAAAAACUCUGGUACAAGUGACUCAGGAUCAUGCCCAUUUAUAAAAGUUGAACCAGGACCAGAUCUUCAAAUAAAGUGUCUUCAUAGCACAUUUGUUAUAGAUCCACUUACUGGCAAGGAGGCAGAAUUUUCACUUGAUCAAAAUUGCAUUGAUGUUGAGAAGUUGCUGCUAAGAGCUAUAUGUUGUAGUCGAUAUACUCGUCUUCUUGAAAUCCAGAAAGAACUGGCAAAAAAUAGUCAGAUCUGUCGGACCAUGGGGGAUGUUAUUCUACAUUGCCAUGCAGAUGAAUCUGAAGUUGACAAUAAAAAGAAAGAUAUUAAGUCCAAUGCCAGGGAAUGUGAAGGGCAGGAAGUAUUGCGCGUUCGUGCUUAUGGCUCCUCAUUUUUCACGCUUGGCAUAAACAUAAGGAAUGGGCGCUUUCUUCUUCAGUCAUCCAGGAAUAUUCUUACACCUUCAACAUUGUCAGAUUGUGAAGAAGCUUUAAAUCAGGGGAGUAUGACUGCAGCUGAAGUCUUUAUAAGCUUGAGAAGCAAAAGUAUUCUGCAUUUGUUUGCAUCAAUUGGCAGUUUUUUAGGCCUUGAGGUGUAUGAACAUGGUUUUGCUGCAGUAAAGUUGCCCAAGCACAUUUUGAAUGGUUCAAAUUUAUUGCUCAUGGGGUUCCCUGACUGUGGAAGUUCUUAUUUUUUGCUGAUGCAACUUGAUAAGGAUUUCAAGCCCCUCUUUAAAUUACUAGAGACUCAGCCAGAUCCAUCUGGAAAAUCUAGUUCUUUUGGUGACAUGAAUCAUGUGAUACGGAUCAAGAAAAUUGACAUUGGUCAGAUGCAGAUGUUUGAAGAUGAACUGAAUUUGAGCCUUGUUGACUGGGGAAAGCUACUAUCCUUCUUGCCAAAUGCUGGGGUUCCUAAUCAGACUUCUGAACAUGGUCUUCUUUCUGAGUUCAGCCUUGAAAGUUCCAUGCACAAUCCUGGAUGUCCUCCAUCAAGUUUUUCAUCUAUUGUUGAUGAAGUAUUUGAGCUUGAGAAAGGGGCAUCUCUGCCCCCUUUCUCUGUUCCGAAUCUCUCUUCAUCAUACAGCUCACCUGGUUCUCAUUUUGGUGCUGGUCCAAUGAAUCUUCCUGGUAUGAAAGCUGGAGCCUCCUCUCCUAAGUGGGAGGGAGGCAUGCAGAUAUCACAGAUUAAUGCCACUAAGGUUUCAAGUGUAGCACCCCAUUAUGGUGGUUCUCUAUAUUCUUCAGGCAAUAUGAAGGGCUCAAUGCAGUCCAGCUCAGUGAGUUUACAAUCUUCUGCCCCAGUAAGGAGUGCAGCUGGAAAGAAACUCUCAGCUUCAAAGUCUGAUCAGGAUUUGGCUUCUCUUAGAUCCCCUCACUCUCUUGAGAUUGGUUCUGGUACCACAAUGGAUGAAGAUCAUCUUAGAUUGCUGAGUGAUUCUUCAAAGGAAGCAGUUUCUGGCAGUCGGUCAUCUCGACUACUAUCUCCACCCCGACCAACUGGUCCUCGAGUCCCUGCUUCAAGUUCAAAACCUAAUGGACCAAGAAGCUCAUCUACUGGUCCUCUACCAGGAUCUUUGAGAGCUGCUGGAUCUAGCUCAUGGGUUACAAGUCCCACAUCCCAAGCUCCAGAUUCGGCAAAUUUUCAUGGCUCAAGUCAUGAUGUUGUUUCCAAACAGGAUACACACUCGCGAAAACGUAGUGUUUCUGAUAUGUUGGAUUUGAUCCCAUCUCUUCAAAAUUUAGAAGCCAAUACAAGAUUUUAUAAGAGAAGGAAAAUCUCAGAGUCAGCUCACACUCUACAGCCUUUGUCACAGGCACUCAUUUCAUCAGAAAUUGCUUGUAAAACUGAAGGAUAUAGUUACGGUAAUCUUAUAGCUGAAGCAAAUAAAGGGAAUGCACCUUCUAGUGUCUAUGUUUCAGCUCUUCUUCAUGUGGUUAGGCACUGUUCUCUUUGUAUCAAGCAUGCCAGACUAACUAGCCAGAUGGAGGCACUUGACAUUCCAUAUGUUGAAGAAGUAGGUUUAAGAAAUGCAUCCUCAAACUUAUGGUUCCGACUCCCAUUUUCCAGUGGUGAUUCUUGGCAACACAUAUGCUUGCGGCUUGGCAGACCUGGAAGUAUGUAUUGGGAUGUUAAAAUAAUUGAUCAACAUUUUCGGGACUUGUGGGAACUUCAAAAGGGAAGCAGUAAUACAACAUGGGGUUCUGGUGUACGCAUUGCCAAUACAUCUGAUAUAGACUCUCAUAUCCGUUAUGAUCCAGAAGGUGUUGUACUGAGCUAUCAGUCUGUUGAGGCUGAUAGCAUUAAAAAGUUAGUGGCAGAUAUCCAGAGGCUCUCUAAUGCUAGAAUGUUUGCACUUGGAAUGCGGAAACUUCUGGGAGUGAGAAUAGAUGAGAAACCAGAAGAAAUCAGUGCUAAUUGUGAUGGUAAAGCACCAGUUGGAGUAAAAGGUGUUGAGGUUUCUGAUAAGUUAUCAGAACAGAUGAGGCGGGCAUUUAGAAUUGAGGCGGUUGGACUAAUGAGUUUGUGGUUUAGUUUUGGCUCUGGGGUCCUAGCACGCUUUGUAGUUGAGUGGGAAUCAGGUAAAGAGGGCUGCACAAUGCAUGUUUCUCCUGACCAACUCUGGCCUCAUACAAAGUUCCUUGAAGAUUUCAUAAAUGGAGCAGAAGUUGCAUCCCUUUUGGAUUGCAUUCGCCUCACGGCAGGACCUCUACAUGCUCUUGCAGCUGCAACUCGGCCUGCACGAGCAGGUCCUGCUGCAGGUGUCCCUGGCGUAACAGUAGCCAACUCUUCAAUCCCAAAACAGAGUGGGUAUAUUCCAUCACAGGGACUUUUGCCGAGCAGUUCAACCACAAAUGUUAGUCAAGCUACAUCUGGGCCGGGAGUAACCCCACCUGCAUCUGCUGCUUCAGGCCCUCUUGGAAAUCAUAGCCUACAUGGUGCAGCUAUGUUGGCUGCUGCAGGGCGAGGUGGUCCUGGCAUUGUUCCUAGCUCUCUGUUGCCCAUUGAUGUCUCAGUUGUUUUGCGGGGGCCAUAUUGGAUACGGAUUAUUUAUCGUAAAUAUUUUGCGGUUGACAUGCGGUGCUUUGCUGGAGAUCAGGUUUGGUUGCAACCAGCAACACCACCAAAGGGUGGCCCUUCAGUUGGAGGGUCAUUGCCGUGCCCACAGUUUAGGCCUUUCAUUAUGGAGCAUGUUGCUCAGGAAUUGAAUGGCUUAGAGCCUAAUUUUGCUGGUGGUCAACAGACCAUUGGAUUGGCGAAUUCAAAUAAUCCAAAUCCCAGUUCUGGUUCACAGCUUUCUGCUGCCAAUGGCAAUAGAGUUGGCCUCCCAAAUUCUGCUGGGAUUUCUAGGCCAGGAAACCAAGCAACUGGCAUGAACCGCGUGGGAAGUGCUCUUUCGGCAUCUCAAAAUUUGGCUAUGGUGAAUUCAGGAUUGCCUUUACGGAGAUCACCAGGGGCAGGUGUCCCUGCACAUGUAAGAGGAGAACUGAAUACGGCCAUUAUUGGCCUUGGGGAUGAUGGAGGGUAUGGGGGUGGAUGGGUUCCCCUCGUUGCCCUUAAGAAGGUUCUAAGAGGUAUUCUCAAGUACCUUGGAGUGCUAUGGCUCUUUGCCCAAUUACCCGAUCUUCUAAAAGAGAUCCUGGGGUCAAUUUUAAAGGACAAUGAAGGUGCUCUCUUGAAUUUGGACCAGGAACAGCCUGCCUUGCGAUUUUUUGUGGGGGGCUAUGUCUUUGCUGUUAGUGUCCACAGAGUUCAACUUCUUCUUCAAGUUCUCAGCGUAAAGCGCUUCCAUCAUCAACAGCAGCCGCAGCAGCAGCCGAACUCAGCCACUGCUCAAGAGGAAUUGACUCAAUCUGAAAUAGGCGAGAUAUGUGACUACUUCAGCCGUCGUGUUGCUUCAGAGCCAUAUGAUGCUUCCCGUGUUGCAUCAUUCAUUACUCUUCUCACCCUACCUAUUUCUGUCCUGAGAGAAUUUUUGAAACUUAUAGCAUGGAAAAAGGGAUUGGCCCAGGCACAAGGUGGAGAUACAGCACCUGCGCAGAAGCCACGAAUUGAAUUAUGUCUUGAAAAUCAUGCUGGCCUGAAAAUGGAUGAGAGCUCGGAGACCUCAUCUACAUCAAAAAGCAAUAUCCAUUAUGAUCGGUCCCAUAACUCCGUUGAUUUUGGGCUGACAGUAGUUCUUGAUCCUGCUCACAUACCUCACAUAAAUGCAGCCGGUGGUGCUGCUUGGUUGCCCUAUUGUGUUUCAGUGCGGUUGAGAUAUUCUUUUGGUGAGAACUCAACUGUGUCCUUUCUUGGAAUGGAAGGUAGCCAUGGAGGCCGAGCAUGCUGGCUGCGAAUCGAUGACUGGGAGAAGUGUAAACAUAGGGUGGUUCGAACUGUGGAAGUGAGUGGAUGUUCACCAGGAGACAUGUCUCAAGGGAGGUUGAAAAUAGUUGCGGACAAUGUGCAAAGGGCGUUACAUGUGAACCUACAAGGAUUAAGGGAUGGCAGUGGCGUAGCCACAAACUCGGGGGCAACAUGAUUGGUUAGUUUAUCAUCCAAAAACAUAAUUUUGAACCACCCGGAAUUAGGAGAUGUGAAUGCUGGUGUUUUUAGAUGGUAGAUUCUUCUGCCAUGUUGUGAAGAGGAAAUUACAGUGAUGGGGGAAUGAGGGUUAAUCUGAUCACAGAGGUACAGUUAGAAAUGACUAGCAGAUUUGGCAGGGCAGGGAGAUUCGGUUUGUGCCUUUUGGAAAGGUUUUUUUAUAGCUUGAUAAUCAGGGAAAGGGUUGUAAGAUAGGUUAAAUAGAGAGGGGAUGAUGUGUUUUGGUGAAAUCUGGGAUGGUGUGGUCGGUUUUCUUUCUUGUACAGAUCAUGCUUACUGAUUGGACAAGAAGUUUGUAAAAAAGAUUGUUCUGCUGCAGUUGUUGUAUACCCCCACUGGUCGCUGGCAGGAUGGCCAAAAUGUUACAUACUUAGAAGCUCUCUUUAUUUCUUACUUUUUUUUCUUUUUUUUUUUUUGGUAGUAUUGACUUUUGUACAAGUUGCUGGAUCAUGUGAAAGGCCACCCACCCUUUUGCAUGGGCACAAGAUUUUGACAUUUUUGUUUGGACUGGCAUUUCCACCAUUCCACCUGCCUACAAACCAGUGCCCAAGGCACAACAAAUUUGUAAGUGGAGAUCACAACCAGUGAGUUGAUCAAGUUGGAGCAGACCAAACCCCAAACAAAUGCUAUCCCUAUAAUGAAUUCUUACACGUCUCUUGGUUUUGGCCA